UGAAAUUUUAAAUUCAUUUUAUGAAAGGAUUAUUUUAAAUUAACAUAAUUCAGAGUAGGUAGCAAAUUAAACAUUAACAUCAUACCAUUACAUAACCUAUGGAUUAUUUGCACUAAUUUGCAGAUGAAACAACGUGUACUGUAAUUUGAUAAACUACCUACCUUCAAUUGUUGACCAUGUCAAAUUGACCAAUGAAAAAUAAACUUUAUGCGAUAUGGAGCAAAUUCAACUUAAUCUUGGAGAUACUACAACCGACAAUUUGUAUCCAGCCCUAUUUCAGUGUUUUACAAUUAUCAUUUGCGGUUAUGUUGCUGGACGUCUGAAUAUUGUUUCCUCUGCUGAGUCAAAGGGAAUUGGCACAUUUGUUGGUACAUUUGCCCUGCCAUCCUUAAUAUUCCUUUCAUUAGCCAGAGUUGACUUCAGUACUGUAAAUUGGACAUUUCUGCUUGCCAUUCUAGUGGCAAAAGGGAUUGUGUUUUUUGCUGUGAUUUUUAUUACGUUAUUAGUUUCAAAACCAACUCAUCUAGGACGAGCUGGCAUUUUUGCAAUAUUUUGUACUCAGAGUAAUGAUUUUGCAUUGGGCUAUCCCAUUAUAAGUGCUCUAUAUGCCCAAACCCACCCUGAAUAUGCCCUUUACCUAUACCUGAUGGCACCAAUAUCUCUGGCAAUAUUGAACCCUAUUGCCUUUAUUUUAAUGGAGAUUGAUAAACAAAAAGGACAAAACCAGCAAGCUGACUCUCAAGCAAAGGGAUUGCAAAGCUUGAAAUUGUUGAAACAAAUUCUCAAAGGGAUUGUGUUUAAUCCUGUGCUUUUAAUGACUAUUUUGGGGAUGAUUGGCAAUGUCGCUUUUAAACAUAAAAUAUCUAUUUACAUUGAAGGCUUGUUGGAGGUAUUUGGUCAAUCUUUCUCAGCAACUGCCUUGUUCCUUCUUGGCUUGCGUAUGGUGGGACAAAUACACAAAUUAAAAGGGCCUGCCCUUGUGCUGCCCUGUGUAUUGAUUAUGGUCAAAUUAAUUAUUCUGCCAGUGGUCAUGAGGGAAUGUGUGAGCAGUCUCAAUGCAGGAACGAAUGAAUCUGAGACAAUUUCUUUGUCUACAUAUGCAUUCCUGUAUGGAACGAUACCAACAGCACCAGCUGUGUUUGUUUUUUCUAGUUUAUAUCAGUUAGAAAUUGAUCUGAUGGCUUCCUCAAUGGUUAUUUGCACAUUUCUGUCUGGACCCAUGAUGUUCCUCUCAGCUGAACUCAUAUCAAUAAACAAGGAUUAUGCUGCUCAAAUGAAAAAAUUUGGUUUUGAUUUAUCAAUAGUUGCACUUCUUUGCUGCUUGUGGGUGUUGAUUGUUUUUGUUAUUACAAAGAAACACAGAAGGAUGCCACAUAGAUUAACAAUAUCUCUUCUUUUAUCCCAGAUACUUUUGGCCGUGAGUGUAAUCUGGGGAGGACCACAUAAUACUUCUGCACCGUCUUUGAAUGCAACGAUCCAACAAGCAUUUCUCUCUUUUAGCAUGUACUCUUGUCUGCUAUGGACUUCCAUGCUCUCUGUCGGCAUCCUUAUGUUGCAGAGCCGUGGUCCGUGUUUUGUUGUGACAUUGUGGCCAGUCUUGGGCUUCGUAGCUUGGGGAGCUCCCGCCGUGAUGGUGACUGUCCUUCUCGCAACAAAAUCUAGCACAGAGAAUAUUAACAGCCAAGCGACGGACGCAAUAAGACUAUGUUUAUUAGUAUUUUGCUUGACGGUUACAACCGGAUGCCUGAUUGUGUACAUAAGAUUGCGACGUCGAAGUGCGCUGUUCGCUUCCUUGUCCGCGGAAGCCACCACUAACUUUAGUCCUCCUGAAGAAACCAGUAGUCUUGUAGAGAAUAUGGAGCCUACGUCACAGGCACAGUCUGUGUCUGGUGACACUAAUGCAGCAUUAGGUUGCUACGGCACCAUAACUGCGUCUCCAUCGCCCAGCCGACAGCCUAACGGAUGCUGUUCUAACGAUCCCGACUGUGAAAAUGAUCUCACCGACUCAAAUGAUAUCGAAGAUCUUGGCAGCAACAUCAGAGAGUGCGCGUGCCCGUCGUGGCGGCGUGCACCGGACGGCGCGUGCCCGCACUCGCGCGACGUGCAGCGCGCGGCGGCGGCGCUGGGCCUCCUGCCGCACGAGCUCGCGCGCGCCCGCACCGCGCAACUACUCAAGCACACCGUGCUCAUCAUCAUCUACAGUCUCUCCAUGUUUAUUGGCAUAACUUACACUACCUGGAGAAUGAUGUUGAAAGAUGAAAGUGGUGUGUUCGUUGAAAUCGAAUUUCUGGACGUUGCUGCGAACUAUGGACAAGGCUUGGUCCUGUUCAUACUGUUUGGUGUUGAUCCCGAAGAAAUACUGGUCCCGACUUUAAGAUAUUUGAAAACUAAAUGGUACGGAGCCGAUACAGUGAUUCUCCCGCCUAUAGAGGAUUUGAGUUUUGAAACGAAGCACGUCUGUGAUCAGUUUAUUUCACAUCACCUGGACCGCUGCAGGGACGCUAUUGCAAAAGAUACUAGAUGGCGCAUGAGAACGUACCGUGGUGUCUUCAGGGGCUCGUGUCUUGUGAAAUGGUUAAUUGACUGCGGUCUCGCCAAAGACGAAUAUGAAGCGGUCACGUAUGGACGACAUUUGGUCGACGGUCGGCUCAUAGCGCACGUGAGUGACGCUCAUCACUUCACAAAUUCACCAAUGCUCUACGCUUUCAAGUAGAUUAUGACGUGUGACGUCAAUAUUAUGAUUACAAUCUCCACUCACAGCUGUUUUACACGGAGAUGAUUAUAAGUCAAACGAAAGUGAUUUGUACUCACCCUUAACUGUAUGAUCUCGUCAAACGUAUAAUAGUAUUCGAGGAACGAAAACGCCUCAAAUAUAUUUUGUAGUAUAGUGUACUAGUACUAGUGUACCAACAAUAUUGUUACCUGAUAUUUACGCCUACGAUCUUCUUCGUAACCGAUAUAAUCUACUUAAAUAAAUGAGCCCUAAGAACGUCGUGGAACGACAUGACCUUGAUUAUGGAGAUGGUAAAACAUGAUACAUAGUUUUAAGAUAAAAUUUCAUUGAAGUUUUGACUUGACAUCGCAUUAAUAUAGGAUUUUUCUAUCUUGCCAGUUAGUAGUGAGCUUAAUUUUUAAUUAACAGAUAGUGAGACCUAAUUCCAAUGAAUCUAGUUUAAAAUUGCGGUUUUUAAAUUUUUGUUUGUAUAUAUGGGAUUAAAUAUAAAGUGAGCAUUCCGUGGGUAUCCUUAAAAACUUGGGAAAAAUUAAUUUUAGUUAAAUGACAUUGUUUGUAGUCGAUAUCGUUCAGUUAUACAAAUUACCAUUCUAUCUGCUUAGUUCUGUAAUGAAUUAUUAAAUAACAGCAUAUAUUACUCUGUCUCUGGUUUGAAAGAGAUCAGUAAUCACUUAAUAUGUAGCUAUUGGACCAUGAGCUGAUCCGCCUAUGGGAAACUUAAAAGCUUAAGCUCUCUAUUAUAUCUCAUAAAUAAAUGAAAUUGUAUUUUUAGAGUAGAUAGCACAAGGAGAAAUUGUCAAGUGAGCAUGAAAGGAAUUAAUCUGGAUCUAAAUUGAAGGCUCUUAAAGUUUGAAUUAGUAAACCUACACAACAAAUUAAGCCAUACUUUAAUAUAACUGCAAAACUUGUAUCAUUAAAGUCUGGUAUUUGAUUAUAAUAAGAAACAUAUUGAUUUGAAAAUAAACUUGGUUAAAUAACAUUGAUUUUGAACAGGUGGUUUGCUUUUCAUCAAAAAUUACAUUUUUUGUGUCUUUCCUCAUGGUUUUAAUUUUGAGACUCAUAUUUCACUUGAAAAUUUCAUCGUGUAUACUUGUAAUUAAUAAUACUAAGUAUUUAAUGUCUUUAUAUAAAGCAUAGUCAAAGGAUUAAUAAUCGACAUAAAAAUUUAAAAUUUGUAACCUAGCUUUAGAUGACAUUUAUUUUGGACAACCAUUUCAUUACCAGUUUUUUUUUUCUUACCUAAGUUGAUGGUCUUGAGUGACCAUCUCAGUGUACUGGGGUGAAUUUAUUUUGGACAACUAUUUCACAACCAGUUAACAACUCAUAAUAUUAUUGGCAGUAGACACUCUCAUCUAGGCGAUUUAUAAUAUAGUAUAUAGAACUAUAUAGUAUGCAGAACUAUCUUUCUGUAUAUAUGGUAGUAAAAUAUAAACUGUUAAUUAUGUAACAGUAAGAUAUACAGAAAUACCCCUACUGCUUUCAGAAAGUUUAUUGGCAGUGAAAAUGAAAGUGGUAGUAUCGAGUAUAAUUAAAUCUUGCCCAUUUAAGGUCGCAGCUCAUUAGAGUCACCCGGCACCCACUCCCCACCGCCUCGUCGUGCGGCGUCCAAACGUGAUCGAUAAGUGGUCCACGUGUGGCCGCCACGUGGUUAACGACUGGGCGUCGCUUGUUCAACGAAUUUUCCAGUUAUAGUCAGUUUAACUAUUGGUGUCGUUCUCGUGUGAAUUUUUUGUGGCCAGCAUUGACAAUGCGCAGUCAUCGUAAGGCAAGUCGCAUACUUAGGCAUACUUAGGCAUAGCAGCGAGUUGUCGCCGAAUGGUCCACCCGCCAUUAGCGCGUGUAGGCUUACGACCGAGGCGAUCCGGUGAUGCUACGGAGUUGAUGUAGUGAGCGCAUACCCAUACAAGUCCAUAUAAAGAAUACUAACCGCACGUGGCGAGCCGGUGCGGAGUGAGUACCGGGUGGCUCUAAUGAGCUGUGGCUUUAACAUCUGUGAAAUCUUUGUAGAACUAUUAAAAGUCAAGUCAGAAAAAAAGGUAGAAUUGCGUGUAGAAUUUAACAAAUUUGAAAUUAAAAAGCGCAGGCCAAUCCGUCAUCUUA